ACGGACGUCCGUACGGGCGCUUCGCCUCUUCAUCCGCGAGGCGUGCCGCGAGGAAGACGAGGCGCAAUGACGGAGGAUGACGCGUCCGGGACUGUCAGCUGCCGCGCGACGGAACGACGACAGAGAGAGAGAGAAAGAGAACGGAAAAGGAGAGAGGCAUCGAGACUCGGACGCUGUUAGACGAAGGGCUAAUUUGUGUCACGAACACGGAAACCUAGUAACAUCAUUAUAACGGCGAUCUUCCCCGAAGCGGAUAAUUUUUUAUCAAACUUUAUUGUCGCAGUGACUUACGCACCCGUCCGGGCCAAACGAUUAAGGAUUUACCGAUCAUUAUUGAGGACGCGCGAAUCAACGAGAAUCAGCUGGGAGUUCGCGCGAAAUCGAAAGGGAAGAGGAGGAGAAACCGCGUUCUUGCGCGUCCGAGAAAGUGAGCAAUAAGCGAUAAAGGACCAUUACUUCUUAAGAUGAUUGAGGAACAAAGGAAAGACACCGAAGUGGGAGACGGAGGAAAGAAGAGAAAAGGAGGGACAAGAGUUGACAAAUUCAAACAGUCCGAUUGGAGUUGUUGAUAACAAUUGACACGGUGAUAACGAGAGAGAGAGAGAGAGAGGAAGAAGUAGGAAGAUUUAUAGAAUACAAUUUUCAACAUUCCACGUUUUUUCAACAACGCUCCAAAAUUUUCGAUAUUCAAUUAAUCUUUUCCAUAUUUUGCGGGUACACGGGUGCGCACUCGUGUAGAAAGAAAACAUAUAUAUAUAUAUGUAUAUAUAUGUAUAUGUAUGCGCAAUUUCGGAGUUACAGCUGUCUCAGUAAGUAAUCGUGCUAACGUAUAACUAAACGGUAGCUAAUAAUGAAAGUUUAGCGACUGUAAUAACUCUUCCAACGAGGAUUCGCGGGAGAAGAAGACUCGAGUCGGCCUGAGGACGAGGAUGACGGCACUACUCGCACAGGUCGAGAGCGCCGAGAAGGUAAUGAGAACGUAAGAAAGGGAGAGAGAGAGGGUCGCCGAGGAAGAGAACGGGAAUGCUAAGCGAGAGUGGUGCGGCGAGUCGCGCGACCCACCGGUGCUGCUCCUUGCAGGACACGCUGCGCGUGCCGCCGGAGCACCGGCGAUUCCGGCGCGUUCACGGUCUGCAGCUGCCGCUGCACCCCCAGCAGGUGGUCGGCUGGGUGCUGCUGGUCGUCGUCUUCUCCGGCACCUUCGCCGUGCUGACCACCCCGUCGUUACUGCCGGCCGAGCUGCGGCUCGCUCUCUCGCUCGUGUUCGCCACGCUGUUCCUGCUGCACCUGCUCGCCCACCUGACGGUGCUGCUGCUGGACCCGGCCGACCCGGAAGUGCGCGCACGGCCGGCCGGCGAGGUCGUGCCCGAGUUCGACCGCAGUAAGCACCGGCACGUGAUCGAAAACGGCCGAUGCCACCUGUGCAACAUAACGACGCACGGCCGGCGCACGAAGCACUGCUCCGUCUGCAACAAGUGUGUGCCGCGCUUCGACCACCACUGCAAGUGGCUGAACAAUUGCAUCGGCGGCCGUAAUUACCCGGCCUUCCUCGCCUGCCUGGCGUCGACCCUCGUGGCCGCGCUCGCGGUCGCCGGGCUCGCCCUCUGCGAACUGGUGCUGGUUAAUGCGCGCGCGGUCGAGUGGGGAGGCGACGACAGCAGCGGUAACGGCACGAUGAGCAACGCCACGGCCUCGUCGUUGCCAGUGCCCGGCGCCGGCUCGCUCGUUCUUGUCACCGUUAUCGGCGUUCUCUCGGCCAUCGCCGCGGUUCUCCUCAUACACCUGUGCUUCUUCCACGGCUAUAUCGCCUGCCUCGGCCUCACCACGUACGAGUACGUGCGCAGCAAGCGAGAGAAGAACAACGACACCGCGGUCGGCGCUUCCAGGACGACGUCGUUCUCCGGGCCCUGCGGCGCGCCUCAUUGCGCCGCCGACGGCCAGGACGUCGAGGUGGCGGCGACGCGAGGUCUCUAUCGUAUCUGCGAGAACGGCUCUAUGUUCAGAGACAGCUCCGCCGCCACAGCCACGACGGACGUGUACGUGUGCUCGACGCACAAGGAACGCGACAACGGCGCGACGACGAACGCCGGCAAGGACGCCCGCUCCGGACUAUCCGCCACGAGGAGCAGCCGGAACUUCCGGCUCUGCUUCUCGUACGACGCGCGCACCACCGAGACCUCCAUCGAGGUCUCCUCGCAGACCACCACGGGGGAGCCGAGGAAUCACGCGGAGUCACCGGACGCUAAGUCCUCGACGCCCUCGCCGGUGUCCUGCUGCUUCUCCAUCAUGAGCCCCGAGAGCGGCCGGCACGAGAGAAGCGCCAGCCGGAAGCGCCGCGGGGACCACCCGGAAGCCGCGAAGCGCUCCUGCGGCACGAUGAGGCGGAUACAGACGUUCCUGCAGGCCCGUUGGAGGAAGGGCUCGUCGAGGCAGAGGUCGACCGCCCCGACGGUCGCUCGGCCUUGCGGCAACAAAGUCAUCCCGGCGGCGGUGAACAGCCCCGUGGACGUCGCGCCCGCCAUCGAGGACCGGGUGGUCAGCUCCAACCCGUUGAUGAGCGACCCACGUCCGCCCACGAGGCUGCCCGCCUUGGAUCUUCCGCCACGCGCCAUCCACAAGAUCAGAAUUCCCCCGAGCGCCGGGGACAUCUCCGUCCUGGGACCGCUGCCGCCCGUCGCGUCCUUGCCCAAGCGCAAUCAGCCGCACCUCCGCCCACGGCGAAACACCUUCUCCAGGAAGAGGCCGCGCUUCAAGGUCGGCUCGCACAUCACCCAGACCGCCCAGCUGUCGCCGAUACCGGAGUCCGAGGUCUCGAAGCCCGCCACGCCCAGGUCGCCUUCGCGCUCCGGCCACUUCGCCUUCCCGCCGUUGCUGUUACAUGGCUGUGAAGAAACGUUUAUGAAAAACGUUUCAAGAGCACGGAGACCGGCCGCUUUAACGAUUAGCAAGACGGUACCAAGCCGUACGACGACGACGAUGACGACGUGGUGCCAUAGUGAUGGUCGCGCGGUACACACACACACACACAGUGCACGAUCGGUGUCACUUGAACGGCCGGUGCCUGGGAGUAACAUUAUUACGUCGCGGCACGCGAUGCUCCGACGAGGGCUUUACACAUAUGAAUAAUAAAUGAAAAAACGGAGCGGGUAUAACGACUUUGUC